AUGCUUCAAACGGGAAUACCAUUGGGACGACCUAUCUCGGCGUGCAGACGAUGCCGCAAGUUUAAAGUGGGAUGUGAUAGGGCCAAGCCGAGCUGCAGCAGAUGCACCAAAGCCAAGGUGGAUUGUAUUUACGUCUCUCCUCCGUCGUCCCCUUCUGCAGUUUCCACUGUGAUGAGAGUUGGGCAUGUCUCCAACACACUUCAAAACCACCCCGUGGGUCAUGAUGGCGUUUACAUUGACGAGGCUUCUCCAAGCAAGCAUACACGGGAAAGAGCAACUCAAGCCAAGCCAAACGAAGCCUCACUUCAGAAUUUGUCAUUAUACGCAUCCUCUCUUCGGCUUGGUCAUGAUCCACCGUCUGUUGAUCUAGUCGGCUCCGGCAAACAAGUUGGCAAACUUACCCGUGACAGAGCCAUCUUAUCAUGUAUGAGAUGCAGAAGGCACAAGGUCCGAUGUGACAGACAAAUACCAUGUGGUCGGUGUAUCAAGAACAAACGAGAAUCACAGUGUGUGUAUUCGGAGACAGCAGCGCCGGUUCUCGGCCGCAUCAUUUCAGAAAAACAUCAUGAAACGCUCAACUUGAUUGCCACAAGUUUCAUUGAUUCAAAAUGGGCUGCGACAGUUCGCAACGGCGCGCAUUGGAACUCUUUGCUUUAUGAGGUACCCAGACGCACGCAGCCCCGUCAAUCCUGA